UGAUUUUAUAUGUGAUUUAAAAUUGUUUAUAUAUUACAGUUUUUAAAUUGUUUUUGUGUAUGCAGUUGUUCUGUGCAUGUUUUUAUUGUAUUGUAGAUGGUUUCACGUUGCCUCAUGGGAAGCAAUUCAUAAAUAAUUAGGGGAAGGGCCUGUAGCUUAGUGCAGAGCAUCAGCCUUGCAAGCAGAAGGUCCCACGUUCAGUCCACGGCAUCUCCAGGUAGUGUUGGGAGAGACUCCUGCCUGAAACCCUGGAGAGCUGCUGCCAGUCAGUGUAGACAUUACUGAGGAUCCAGAAUUGGCCUCCACAGUCACUUAUGGACUCACUGUAAUCUUACAGACAAUCUUACUCAGCCACGAGUGAUCUCCAGUGAAUGAAUGAAUGAAAUGAGAUGGGCCAGUGGUCUGACUCAUGCACAGAAUGACACCCACGUUGAAAUCUGGAUUGUCCCAUCCAUGGAGGGGAAGAGAGAAAGUUGCCUCAGAGCCAACUCAGGGGCUGGUGACUUUUGAAGACGUGGCUGUUUACUUCACAAAGGAGGAAUGGGCUCUCCUAGACCCAAAGCAAAGAGCCCUGUACAGUAGCAUCAUGCUGGAAAAUUAUGGGAAUAUAGCCUCACUGGGAUGCUCCAUCCCGAAGCCUGAUCUCAUCUGCUGGCUGGAGAGUGGAGAAGAGCUGUGGGUGUUGGGCUCUCAGACGCUGGGUGAAAAAGAGAUCUCUAGCACCGAUUCAGAUGACUUGAAUAAAAAGAAUGUGUGCCCUGAGUGUAGGAAAUGUUUUACUAAGAAAUGUAACCUUGUCAGACACCAGCAAAUCCACGCAGCAGGGAGACCUUAUGAAUGCUUGGAGUGUGGGAAAUGCUUUGCUCAACAACCUGUGUUUCUGAAACACCAGAAAGUCCAUUUAUGGGGAGAGAAACCCCACAAAUGCCUGGACUGUGGAAAAAGUUUUGCUCACCUCUCUGUCCUUGUGACCCACCAGAGGGUCCACACAGGAGAGAAACCCUAUAAAUGCUUGGAAUGUGGGAAAGGUUUGGCAUUGCAUGGAGACCUUGUGAGACACCAGCGACUCCACACAGGAGAGAAACCCUAUAAAUGCUUGGAAUGUGGGAAAGGUUUUGCUCGCCAGUCAAAUCUUGUGAACCACCAGAGAGUCCACACAGGGGAGAAGCCCUAUAAAUGCUUGGAAUGUGGGAAAGGUUUUGCUUGUCAUUCACAACUUGUCAGCCACCACAGAAUCCACACAGGAGAUAAACCCUAUCAGUGUUUGUUGUGCAGGAAAAGUUUUGCUGAGAGAUCAACCUUUGUGAAACACCAGAGAGUCCAUACAGGAGAAAAACCCUACAAAUGCCUGGAGUGCGGGAAAUGUUUUGCUCAACAUUCGAAUAUUGUGAAACACCGGAGAAUUCAUACAGGGGAGAAGCCCUAUAAAUGCCUGGAGUGUGAGAAAUGUUUUACUCGCCAAUCGUACCUCGUGGCACACCAGAGAAUCCAUACAGGAGAGAAGCCCUAUACAUGCCUAGAGUGUGGGAAAUGUUUUGCUCAGAACUCAACUCUGAUACAACAUAAGAGAAUUCACACAGGAGAGAAGCCCUAUAAAUGCCUUGAGUGUGGGAAAGGUUUUGCUGAUAACUCGGGUCUUGUGAAACACACACGAGUCCACAUGGGAGAGAAGCCAUAUCAAUGUCUUGAAUGUGGGAAAGGUUUUGCUGAUAGUUCUGCCUUUGUGAAACACAAGAGAGUCCGCACAGGAGAGAACUCCUAUGGAAAGCAACCAACCCUUGUGAGCCACCACAUGAUUUGCACAGCAAAGAAACUCUGUUAAUCAUAAAGAGCACGAGUAGAUGAGAACUGCCUGGUCUAAAUGCGCGGUAGAAAGAGGGGGGCAGAAUGCUGAGAUAGUAAGGCAGGGGUAGCCAACAUGGUCCCCUCCAGAUGUUGUUGGACUCCAACUCCCAUCAGGAUUGAUGGAACUUGUAAUCUAGCAGCAGAGGGCAGGUGAGGGCCUCCUGCAGAUACCAUCUUAUCAAGGGGUCAGUUGUGCACAACAUAGGAAGCAGACAGUUUUGUUGUACCAACACUUUGGAAUACGCUCCCCUUAAAUAUCAGACAGGCGCUAUCUGUGUUAUCUUUUUGGUGCCAACUGAAGACCUUCCUCUUUCAACAAGCCUUUUAAGUAGAGACCUUAUCCUAGUCUGCAUCUGUGUUGGAGUUGCUUUUUAAUAUUGUUUAAAGUUUUUUGUAAUAAAAAGACGUUUUUAGAGAUGUUUUGUUGUAAAAUGUUUUUUAAGGAUAUUUUGUUUUAAUAUGUUUUUUAUUAUGUUUUAGAGUGUUUUUAGUGCUUUUGUUUGCCGCUCUGGGCUCCUACUGGGAGGAAGGGCAAGGUAUAAAUCUGAUAAAUGAAUAAAAAUAAAUAAAAUAUUGGUUACCCCCAAAAUAGAUCAUACCUGCUCCUUCAGUGAGAGUAAGCCCCCAUACAGAGCCGAUAUACAACUCUAUUCGCAGACCUGGGAGCCACCUAUCCACAGGCAGA